AUGGCGAAAACGAUGAGAACAAUCAAGAACCCAUUCUUCACACCACAUCCACAAUCUCCCUUCCUCCUCUUCUUCUCUCCGCCAAAGAGAAUCACCAGCCCUCGUUACCACAACAACCACCAAACUCGUUGCCUUCCUCAGCAAGUCUUCCUCCUCCUCAUCUCACUCUCUCUCCUCUUCUCAGGACUCUCGCUCCUCACAUCAUCUCUAACCACAUGCGUCUCCACCACUUCUUCUUCCUCUCUCACUCUCUCACGUCACCUCCUAACUUCCCUAGCCUCUGUCUCCGUGCCUUCCACGUUACUUCCUUUACCAGCGAGAGAGGGAUCUUCAGGUAAUGUAACGGAGGAAGAGAGAGAGUUCUGGAAACAGCCUGAUGGUGAAGGAUACAAGCCUUGUUUGGAGUUUAGUUUGGCUUAUAGGAAGAAAGCUGCGAGAGUCUCUAAAGAGAAGAAACGUUUCCUUGUUGUUGUUGUCUCUGGUGGACUUAACCAGCAAAGGAAUCAGAUCGUUGACGCUGUUGUUAUAGCUGCGAUUCUUGAAGCUGCUCUUGUUGUUCCCGUUUUGCAGGUGAAUCGUGUUUGGGGUGACGAAAGUGAGUUCUCAGACGUUUUUGACGUGGAGCAUUUCAAGAAAACACUUAAAUCAGACGUGCGUGUUGUUUCUUCACUACCGUCAACGCAUCUAAUGUCAAGACAGACGAUAGAGAAUCAGAUUCCGUGGGAUGUUUCACCGGUUUGGAUCCGUGCUAAGUUCUUUAAACAGUUGAACGAGGAAGGGCUUUUGGUGUUGAAAGGGUUAGACUCAAGGCUAGCCAAGAACCUCCCUCCUGAUCUGCAGAAACUCAGAUGCAAAGUUGCUUUCCACGCACUUAGAUUCAAAGCAGACGUUGAGAGUCUUGGCAACAGACUCGCGAGAAGGAUGUGGAUAGAAGGACCUUACAUAGCUCUCCAUCUAAGGCUAGAGAAAGAUGUGUGGGUUAGAACCGGUUGUCUCACCGGUUUAGGCUCAGAGUUUGAUAGAAUCAUAGCGGAGACAAGAAGGUCUCAGCCUAGGUAUCUUACUGGUAGACUCAACUUGACGUAUACAGAGCGUAGGCUUGCUGGUUUGUGUCCUCUCAAUGCAUAUGAGAUUGCAAGGUUGUUGAAGGCUUUAGGAGCACCGAGGAAUGCAUCGAUAUAUGUGGCGGGAGGUGAGCCGUUUGGUGGGUCAAGAGCUAUGGAGCCAUUAGUGAAAGAGUUUGCUAACUUGGUGACUAAGGAAACUUUAGCUCAUAGAGGAGAGCUUGUGCCUUACGCUAACAGAUCUUCAGCUUUGGCUGCUAUUGACUAUAUUGUCUCACUUAGUAGCGAUGUUUUUCUUCCUUCACAUGGUGGAAACAUGGCCAAAGCUAUGCAGGGAAACAGAGCUUAUGUAGGGCACAGGAAGUUUAUAAUGCCUAAUAAGAGAGCGAUGCUUCCUUUGAUGGAGAACCCUUUGGUUUCUGAUGCUGAGCUGAGUCGUGUGGCUAGGAAGCUUCACGGUAAGUCUCAAGGCCGUCCUGAGUUACGGAGAGGGAGGAGAGAUCGUGACGUGGUGGCUUAUCCUGUCCCGGAGUGUAUGUGCCGACAUGGUAAACACAGGUCUAUAGGUUUCUUUUAGCUCAUGUUCUUUGCUUCUCUAGGCAACACUUGAAAACAAGAGUUCUUGUAGCUCAGAUUCCUUGCUACUGAAGGCAACACCUGGAUGAGACUUGUACAUUUGUAUCCAAUCGUUGUAGGACAUGUGUACAUGUUCUCUACUGUAAAUGUAUAUAGACUGUUUUGGGCCCUUGUAGAAAUUUACAUUCAUUCAUUGUUCAGCUGUGACUACUUGUAGUGUGACACGUGUAUCUUUCAUGGCCUCAUUUUUUC